AACUGAUUUUUCCCACCCACCCACACCCCUGAUACAUCAACGCUGUUCGGGAUAUAUUUAGAUGACAAUGCUUUAUGCUGUGCAAUCACACAGCCGCCCUUUCUUUCUUUUUUUAUAAAGCACAUUGGCUUGGCUGAGGGUCAUCAUUGACCGCAGUCUGAUGCCAACAUAACCAUGGGAAAGAUCAUAUUUUACGAGGACCGAAACUUCCAGGGGCGCUCUCAUGAGUGCAGCAGCGACAGUGCCGACCUUCACUCCUACUUCAACAGAUGCAACUCCAUCAGGGUGGAGAGCGGCUGCUUCAUGAUCUAUGAGAGGCCCAACUACAUGGGCAACCAGUACUACCUGAGGAGAGGAGAGUACUCUGACAACCAGCGUGCCAUUGGCCUCAAUGAUUGUGUCAGAUCUUGCCGUAUGAUCCCCCAGCACCGUGGCUCCUACAGGAUGAGGCUCUACGAACGCUCUGAGAUGUCCGGUCAGAUGCACGAACUGGUGGACGACUGCCCAAACGUCCAGGACCGCCUCAGCAUGUCCGACUUCAACUCCUGUAACGUGAUGGACGGCCACUGGCUGCUGUACGACCAGCCCAACUACAAGGGCAGGGCGUACUACCUGAGGCCCGGGGAGUACAGGAGGUACAGCGACUGGGGAGGCGUCAGCCCCAGAGUUGGCUCCCUCAGAAGAAUCACCGACUUGAACUGAAGACCAGCUGUAAUUCAAUGCAUCUUUCCCCAAGUCUGUGUUUCCCAAUAAACUUCAACAGCUUCAUAAACA